AUGUUGUGGAGUUGGAAAGACACGGAGUUUAAGGUGAAGCAAAGGUAUAGUAGUGAUUCCCAUGGCGAGAACAGGUCAAGGGAGGGCACAGUCGCACUAAACACAGCUACAGGGCAUCGGACUGUAGCACGGAGUGACGUGUCCACGAGGGCGUCAAUAAACCAGGCCAGGUGUGAUCGUCCGGUCACAAACUUCGUCUUCAUCAAGGUCCAUAAGACUGCCUCCGGCUCCACGUUUUUGAUACUAGCUAGGUUCGGCCGGAACCAUGGAAUGACUAUGUGUUACCCUGUGCACGCCAGUCAUAGACGGCUUUCCUACCAAAACGCCAGAAUAGACAGGUCAGCCUGCAGACCGGCUCUGGGAAGGAACUACACCCUCCUCAUCAACCACGCCAUCAUGAACAAGACUGCCAUGGACCGCCUCAUGGCGCCCGGUACCAGGUACAUCGGCAUCGUGCGCCAUCCGCUGGAACAUUUCCGUUCCAUGUUCUUCUACCGACGCUCGCCCGCAGAGGACAAGAGCAAUCCGCUGGGAAAGUAUCUGGACAACAGGGCGGACUACCAGCCUGGCAAUCGAAGAAGACAGAAGACAAUUUCGAAACAGAAAAAUUUCCAAGCAUACACCUUGGGAUUCCCGACGAAGUUGAUGGCCAGCAAAAGUACAAGCCAGAUUAAUGAGACACUCAGGACCGUUGCGGACUGGUACUCAAUUGUGUUGAUAACAGACUACUGGGAGGAAUCCUUGGUGUUGUUGAGAAGAACGUUUUGCUGGACCAUGUACGACAUCCUCCACACAACAAAAAGAAUCCACGUUCAAAGAGAUCCCAAAAAGUCAGCCCCACUCACGGACAAACAGAAGGAAACACACAGAACAUUAAGCCCCAUAGACUAUAACAUAUAUGAACAUUUCAAUAGGACAUUUUGGGAAAGGGUAGCCAAGGAAGGACCCGAGUUUUGGGACGAAGUGGCGUCGUUUAAGAAACUGAACCUCGAAGUAAACCACCAUUGUCGGAAAACUCGGAAAACCAAGAGGAAUAGAGUCUUUCCAGGUGACAAAUGGAGCCAAGAGUUCGCAGUAGAUUCUACUUUCUGUAAAGAACUAAACUGGAGCACGGCUAAAUGGUCGUCAGCGUUGCUGCGCCAACUUGAUGAACAUAACAAAGAGAUAGAAAUGAACGACAAAUGA